UCGGGUCAUUAGUGUAGAUAGGAAGGUUGAAAAACCGGCACUAUAUUCACCCACACCGAUGGCCUGCCUCACCACAUGUCCACCGAAAAAUAAAAGCCCCCUCUGUGCGACACCAUGCGCACGUACGUAGGGGUCAUGACAACGGUACGCCGGUAGCGACGCUCCCGCACUUCAGGGUAUUUUGACCAGAGACAUUACCAGUUCUUCCGGUCUUUGGCUGAUUGUGUCAUUAAACAUCUGUAUUGUAUAACAUGCAGGGCUUUUGUGGAAGGGUGAGGGUUGAAAGAGAGCGAAAAAAAAGAGAGGAUGCAUCACAUGCUUCCACCGCCACGUAGUACCUGGGGCUAUACCUAUUCCAGUCCCGACACUCCGACGAUUCCUCGGUUCUCCUGCUCCAAACCAGGAGGAACCGGAGAGAUUUCUCCAACAUCGUUCGAGAUUUCGCAAUUGGGUGAAGCGAACCGCUUAAACCGAGAUGCUGGGUUAAACACGAAUUCUCAGGGGCCUGUUCGCUUAUUCGGACAUUUCCGUAUGCGACAUUUUUUUAUCAUUUUUUUUUUUUUUUGUUUG